AUGUCAAUAAGUAAUAAAGUGCAAGUACUAUUAAAUAGUGCUUCAAGAUAUGAUGUAUGUAAUCUGGAAGUAUUCGAACAAUGUGUAAGGGAUCAAAUUAAAUUUGAACAAUACAGUAUUAUAAAUAAUUUGGCAAUUCUAAGAUUAUAUAUGAUAUAUCCUAAUAAAAUGAAAUUAGAUAUAAUACAAGAUAUUUUAUUAAAAGCAUUAAUACAAGGCCCAUUAAAUUCAGACUUUUUAUCUUGUACAUAUCAGAUUCCAUUAUCUAUACAAGAUAAUCCAGAGAUCAAACCUAUUUUAUCCUUACAUGAAAUGUUAAUUGAUUGUAAAUUCACCUAUAUGUGGAAGUUUUUAAAGUCAAAUCAAUUACUAUCUACAAAGAUGUCUCGUAUUUUGGGUUUUGAGAAUUUCUUACGUAAUAUAGUAGUUUAUACGGUUAAUAAUUCACACAGUUGUAUAAGUUUAUUAGUACUCUCAGAACUAUUAGACCUUCCAACAUCAUCUAAUGAGAUCAUGGGGAUUAUUGAAAAGAAUGGAUGGAGAAUGGAUAUACAAAGUGGUUUAAUACGUAUUCCUGCAAUAGAAAAUAAUGAGAAUUUAGGAGACACCAUAAUAAAUAAAACAAAGUGUACAGAUGAUGAUAUAAUUGUGAAGAAUUACUUGUCAAUUUUAAAUAGUAAUUAG